AUGAACGACCGCGAGAAGAAGGCAGGAGCCACGCCCGCAGCAACGGCUUCCACAGAGCGCCGCGAGGUCGCGGUGGUCCGCAUUCUCGCAGGUGGAACCCGUCAGGUCAGGUCCACCUUCCACUUCGAUGACGUCCUCACGUCCUUCAGCAGCCAGGAAGAUGUCUUCCGGGCGACUCUGCAGCCUCUGGUGGGCCAGGUAUUGGCGGGUUACGAGACUACAGCCUUUGCCUACGGUCAGACGGGUACAGGCAAAACGUACACGAUGGAGGGCCAACUCGACUCAGCGGAAGGGCGCGGCCUGGUUCCCCGCACGGCCGCAGCUGUGCUUGAAGCCCUCGCUCACCCCGAGUUCACGGAGAGCACGGUGACGGUGUCCUAUCUGGAGAUCUACAACGAGGAGUUGAGCGACCUCUUGGCCACUGCGGAGCGCCACCCAAAGCUGGACCUGAAGGAUAUUGGCAGCGGCCGUGGCGUCUGCUGCCAAGGCCUGUCGGAGGUGGAAGUCCAUAACAUGGACGACAUCCUCGAGGUGGUUCGUCGUGCGCAGGAGAAAAGGCGGGUUGCCGAGACCCGCGUGAAUGCACGGAGCAGCCGAUCCCACAGCAUCUUCACGAUGAAGGUGCGAUGUCAGAGGCGAGUGGCAGGGGGCGAGUUGGAGAACCAGGGCAAGCUGCACCUCGUGGAUUUGGCCGGCAGCGAAUGUGCAAAGAAGGGUGGCUUCAUCUACCCGGAGGAUACCUCCCAGGCUGCUCGGCUCCUAGCAGGGCAGGAAGAGGAGCGUGAGCGCCGCUCCAUCAAUCAGAGCUUGCUGACGCUGGGCCGUGUCAUCACCGCGCUGCGCGAGGGCUCCGGUCGGGUGCCAUAUCGAGAUUCGAAAUUGACCCGUCUUCUGCAAGAUGCCCUGGGCGGGCGCUGCAAGACGGUCAUCAUUGCGACCAUUUCGCCGGCCUUGGCGGCGGUCGAGGAGACCAUUUCCGCCCUCAGCUACGCAGAACAAGCUGCCGGCAUCAAGAACCGGCCUGUUGCUUCCUCCUUGCUUCGCACGGCUACCGUCGCCUCGGCUGCACGGUCCGCGGACGUCAGUUCGAGCUCUGGACUUGGUGCCUCUGAUUGGGCGGAGCUCGAAAUGAAGGUCACUUAUCUGGCGCAAGAGCUCGAGGAGGCUCAGGUGGCUCUCGGCCGAAAGUACCAGGAGGCUCAGGAAGAAGCCGAGCGCGCGGCACGCGCCGAAGCGCGCAUGGAGGGCCUGGCAGAGGAGCUGCGAAAGGCAAACCUGAAAACCAAGGAGCAGACGUUCGCGAAGGAGCGCUUCGCAUCGUGUGCAUCGGACCAGCACCAGGUGGCCUUGGGCCUUCAAACCGCUCUUUCUGCCAGCGAGCAGCACACCCUGGACUUGGAGCAGCGCAUCGCCAUCGCGAAGGAGCAGCACCGCGCGGCCCAGGCGCGGGCCAAGGAGAUGUGCCGAAACUUGGAGGAGGGCGGGGCAAGGCGGCUUCAGGAGCAGCUGCCCCUCCCAAGGCCCGAGGUCACGAAGCGCCUCACACAGGAGAUGGACAAGGAGGGCUCGGUUGGCCCCAACCAGGUAGCAGAGACAGAGGCCGUGAUUUUGGAGACGAGCUCCGCGCAGAAGGCGGCGAUGCUGGAACUCAAGGAGCUUCACCACAGGCAGCGCUGCUGCCUCGUGGGCCUUGGCGAGCAGUUGCAAGGGCCCCACCGGAGCGCCACCCACGAAGCACUGCAGGAGCUCUCGGCCAAGGCCAAGGAGAGCUUGGUGGAGGGCGUCAAAGAUGCUCAGACGACGCUGGGCGCCUUGGAGGUUGCUUUGCAGAAAGCGGCGCAGGUCGCGGCCGAGGGUGCCGGCACGGUCACGAAGGAGGCUGCAGAAGCGAAGCGAUCCUUCGCCGAGCACACGCAGAAGCUCCAGAAGACCUUGGCCUCUCAGCGCCAAGCUCUGGCGGCCUCGGCGGCCCGGACCUCCGAAGCCUUGACAGCGGCCUCCCAGGCCGUCUCUGAGCUCUCGGCGCUCUCCGACGCCUCCCUGGCCGAAACGGCUCAAGCCGUCACCGGCCUUCAGGUCGUCCACGAAGAGAUGCUUCAGAAGCUCUGCGAGAAGGCAAAGUGCAAUGCAGAUGCCGUGAAAGAAGAGACCGGCUCGGGCGCCCGAGCCCUGGAGUCACAUCAGCAGCAAGCUGCUGCUGCCCUAGAUGCCGCGCAGAAGCGCUGGGACUCCAUUGAACAAGUGCAGGGCAAGUGUGUGGAGGACGAGGACAAGAUGAUCCAGACCGCAAGCGAUGCUGCUGCCAGCAUCGAAGAGGAAGCAGAUCGGCACGUCGAGGCCAACAAUGUGGAGAUCCACUCUUUGCAAGGUCGCGCACUCAGCGGCGUCCGCGGCCUCCGCUCCGGCGCAGCAACAGCUCUCGAGGAGCAGCGAGCAACGGUACAGCGCUUCGUUGAAGGGGCGGAGGCCGGUGUCCUCGGCGAGGAGAUUCCAAAGAGGCCGAUGGCUGACGUUUCAGAGACAACUCCAGUUCCGAGCGAGGAGACGAUCCUGGCGGAGUUCCAGAAAACCUGUCUUACGAAGACUGUUUGCAGCAGCAAUGCGAACUUGGUUCAAUCUGUGGCUGCUGCGCUUCGCAGCAGCAGACAAGGCAGCCUAGAUCCGGCGGAGAUCACGAACAUUGAGAUCGCUCUGCGGGCCCUGGACAUCCCCACACAGGAACGCCCCGUGUGGGCCGCCGGGGCUUCCCGUGGCCUCUUCCUGGUUUUCGAAGGCCUGGACCGGAGCGGCAAGUCCACGCAGAGCAAGAAGAUCGCCUCCUACCUGGAGAAGGCGGGCCCGGUGAAGUGGAUGUGCUUCCCGAACCGCAAGACGCCCAUCGGCAACGCCAUCGACCUCUACCUUCGGAGGCAGCUGGAGCUGUCGGAUGAGGCCGUGCACCGCCUCUUCAGCGCCAAUCGAUGGGAGAUGGCCCAGGCCAUCGUUGAGGACCUUCGUUCGGGAACGACGAUCGUGUGCGACCGCUACGCCUUCUCCGGUGUGGCGUACUCCGCCGCCAAAGGGCUGGACUUCACGUGGUGCCAGUCCCCGGAUCGCGGGCUGCCGUGCCCGGAUGGCAUCUUCUUCCUGCACAUCGACGAGAAGGUGGGCGCCUCCCGCUCCAACUUCGGGGACGAGCGCUACGAGAACGCGCAGAUGCAGGCAAGAGUACGCACGCAGUUCAAAGACCGGAGACUCCGCGACAGCGUCAAUUGGCGUGAUGUCGAUGGAGCGCGGGACAUUGAGGAGAUCCACGCGGAAAUCCGGAAUGCAGUCGAAUCCAUCAGACUGGAGGAUCAGGAGAACCGCCAGCGCCCGAUCAAGCGCCUUUGGGUGAGCUGA